AUGUCUCCAACCACAGAAGUGCCGGGGCUGUCGCAUCAUCGGCGCCCACACGUGCUGGAGACGCGCUCCGUCCCUGACACGCCACGGGAAAUCCCGGUCCCACAGCCGCGCAGAGCGCGCACGAGCCGGGGCGCCGCGCUGGCCACCUACUCCUACAAGCACGGCCGAGGCAAGGAGAAAGGCGCGCUCACCUACAGCGACCUGUCCCACACGGCCGAGGAGUGCGAGACCUUCCAGUUCCUCGCAGAUAUCUUGCCAAAGAAGAUCCUAGCUAGCAAAUAUCUAAAAAUGCUCGAAAAAGAGAAGCGAGAUGGGGAAGUGGGGGAAGACGAAGAUGAGGAGGAUGAUGAUGAUGAAGAUGAAAGCGUUGGCGAGGAUGCCGGAUCCUAA